AUGUUAAUUUGUGAAUAGUUAGAUUCUAGUGAUAGUGAAAGCUUUGAAAAAUUGAUAGCAAUCAUAUAGCAUUUUAAAAUAGAUAAAGAAAUCAUUUAAAAUACUCGUUUCUAAAUUACAGUAUAUUAGUUAAUCUAUCAAAUUAAAGAGAUAUCCAACAGGAUUAUUAGACCUUUCUAAUGAAAUCCUUGAUUAUUUAUAAAUCGAAUAACAUCUAUCAGAUAGGGAUUUUUCAAGUCAUUUUCAUACUAUCUCAUUUUUAAAACAUUAUUUUGAUGAAGCAUGUUUAAUUUAUACAGUUGUUGAAAAGUAUUUAGAAAGUCGAUCUAAAGAUAAUUAUAAAGAAGUAUUAUAUAAGGAUAGUAUUUAACUAAUUUAAUUAAGAUAAGAGAAAUUGUUUAUCAUUUAUGGAUUAUUAUUAGUAUAAUUAUAAGAUUAUGUUGAUGAAGAAUCAUAUGAUAUAUUUCUAGAAGGGUAUUUUAUGUAUUUAAUUAUUUAAGACUAUAAAAAAAGUUAUAAUUAAAUGCUUAAAUUAGAUUUGCUUCUUUAAGAGUUAAAUCAAAAGAAAUAUUAGAACAUACAUUAUUAUUGAUUGAUGAAUUAAGAGAAAAUAAAUAAACACAAAAAUAAAAACAUUCAAGUAGACAAUCAGUAAUUAAUAAAUCUUUGAUGACUGCACGUUAAUAAAAAGAAUCUUAGCAAUAAAUAUAUUUAAGUUAAUAGAGUUAAUGGAUGUUCUCAGAAUUACAAAACAAUUAAGUAUUUUGUAGAGAAUUGAUACCAAAUUUAAGAUUUAUUAUUAAAAAUUAUGUUAAGUCAUUUUAAAAAAAUAAAGAUGAUGGACCAAAGAGAUACAAUAAAAAUUCAUCAAUAUUUGACUUAAAAAAUAGGUUCAGUGUUGGAAGCUAAAGAGUAAGAAAUGGACUUAUUGAUUUGCCAAAUUUAGGUCCAAUGGAAAUUUUAAUGAGUACAUAAAUAUUUCCUAAAUAAAAACUUAACGAUUUUUUUGAUGAUGAAUAAUUAAAACACACUUAAAUUAUUACAUCUUAAAUUGAUGGUCUGUUGAAUGAAGAACUACUAGUAAAUUUAACUGGAAUUGAGAUGAUUGAUAUGGAUUCUAAAAGUGAAUCAACCAUUUCAAGAGCUACAAUGUAAUAAGUAUUCAAAUAACAUUGA